UUACAUCAAAACUUUGGCAGAUAAGAAUUUGGAAUUGAACUGACACUUCUUGGAAGCAAAAACCUGAAACAAAGCCACAGAUUUCACCAAAUACUGUGAGGCAAAAGUAAUUUUUGUUCUUGGAACGCUCCUCCUUGUUGGUCUCUCUUGACCAAACAUUCAAUCUCUCCAAUUAUCCUUCCAUCGCUUUGGAAUAAAACAUUGAACGUCGCGCAGCCACGUACAUGCAGCAUUUACUGAUUUAGGAGUAAUUUGGAUGUAGUCCCAGAAAAGAGCUGGUGGAAGUGGCCUUGAUAAAAGCAUGAGAGCAAGCACAGAAGCGUAAUUUCAUGCUGAAUUCCCUGAAUUAAGCACAUCAAUGUGGACAGGAACAGAAGGAGUGCUGUACUACAACAUUUCACUUCAAGCACAAAUUGACUUUUUUUUUUACAUACUGGAAUUCAUUUGUUUUCACACUCCACAAUAGACUUGAGAUAUGACAGUUUGGACUUCUUGAGUUUUUUAGUUAGGUAGGAUGAAAUGGACUGUUUGAAAAGCAGAAAAACUGACAUUUUUUAAAGCCAUGAGAAAGACAUGUGCAUGUGUCUCUGAACCAGAAAAGCAGUUCUCCUACUGUGAACCUGAGUACGUUCGUUAAACUCGUUGGAUUGCGAAAGCUAACCGAACUGUCUGUGGGGAUCUGGGAUAUGCUGCUUGGCUGAAGAAGCACAGCGUAAGCACAGAGUAGGUGAUCUGAGUGGGUUCGUGGCCUGAAGGUGUGCGGGUUCAGACGUCAGGAUGGGGUGUAACAUGUGUGUGGUGCAGAAGCCCGAGGAACAGUGCAGGGUCAUGUUCCAGGUGAACAGUAGAGACCUGACUCAGCUCUCUCAGGAGCAGAGCCUGCAUGCGCUGCGCUGCAGGAGGAACAUGAGGUGGGGUCCGAGGAGGAAAGCAGGUGUGCCUGGAGCUGCUGGAGGGACGAUGGUAAUGACUGACUGUGUGGACAGCGGGACGCAGACAGAUAUUAGCUUCCAGCACAUGGUGACAUUAGGCAGACCCGUCCAUCACAACAGACCAGCGUCAACUCCUUCCCCUCCACUGCCGCCCAUGCCAGAGCCCUACCUCUUCAGCCAGCUCCCUGCUAUUGACCAUGUGUACUACGACCCAACGGACUACUUUGACAUCAGUCAACAUGAGGUGGACAGACAAGAUGACUUGGAGUAUGAGGAGGUGGAACUGUAUAAAUCUUGUCAGCAAGAUAAACUGGGUUUAACGGUGUGUUAUCGCACUGAUGAUGAAGAGGAUCUGGGUAUCUACGUGGGUGAGGUCAACCCUAAUAGCAUUGCUGCUAAAGAUGGCCGAAUCCGUGAGGGAGACAGAAUACUGCAGAUAAAUGGGAUGGAUGUCCAGAACAGAGAGGAAGCUGUGGCCAUCCUGACCAGAGAGGACAGCACCAACAUCUCUCUGCUACUGGCACGACCAGAUAUUGAGAAUGAGGCUGAUGAUCUGGAUUUGGAGUUGGGCGAGGGCCUGGAUCUAGAGGACUUGGAAAAUGUCUCGAACUCACCCAGUCCUCAGCACCGAAGGAAAACCAGCUCUGUGCUGAGUGACAUCAAUGGGAUCCGAGCUGCUCGACCCAACUUAUGGCACACUGCUCUCAAUAACAGCCAGGAGCUGGACAGCGGGGUGGGUCGCACCGAUGAAAGUACACGCUGUGAGGAGUCCUCCGAGCUGGCUGACGAUGCCACCAGCGCAUGCACGACCAAUGCCACCAAUACACCUGGCAGUUUGCGCAAGUUUCGAGCAGCUCAGCACGGAUGGGAAUUUCACUACAGCAACGACUCGCUGCUGGGGCCAGAUGCAGUGGGAGCAGUGGAUCACGGGGCUCCUGAAUCACUGCCAGGGUCAAUGAUACCAGGGUUAACUGAAGAGGAAUAUGAACGCUACCGAGAGCUACUGGAGAUCCGCUGCCUUUACGAGAAGAACAGAAAUGCACUUUUUCUUUUGGAUGGAAGGAACCAUGGUGGAGGAGUUGGGGAUUUUGCAGGAGCAGGUGUUCCUGUAGACAUGAAUUGUAACGAGAGCCUGAUGCAGCACGAAAUUGCUCUUCUCGAUGAGGAAAUACGUCACCUGGAGUUUAAGUGGCGCAAUGUUUUGCGGGCUCAAAAGAUGCAGCAGUUGCGCCAACGCUGCCUAAAGGUCUGGCCAGCUGAUGAAGAGGACGAUGAAGAAAAAGGAGCAAAGGCAAGGUGUGGAGGUGCAGAGGCGAUCCACCAUGACCUGUCGGAUAUCAACGAGAUCCCAGAAAGGGAACGCUCUGAUAAAGAGAGCACAAGCGCUGGAAGCGCCAAACGUCCGGUAAGAGAUCGUUUGCUAAAGGCUCGUGCCAUGAAGAUUCGAGAGGAGCGCAGUGGGAUGACCACGGACGAUGAUGCGGUCAGUGAAAUGAAGAUGGGACGUUAUUGGAGCAAGGAGGAACGUAAGCAGCAGCUGCUGAGAGCUCGCGAGCAACGGCGACGCCGUGAGUUCAUGAUGCAGAGCCGACUGGACUUCUUGCGGGAGAAAGAGAAGGAACAAGACUCCGGACCUCAAGGACAGGCUUCCAUACUUGAGCUGAGCCAGAAAAAGAGUAUGAAGAAACGCAGUCGACGCAUCCUGGACAACUGGAUCACCAUUCAGGAGCUGCUGGCACAUGGGACCCGCUCUGUAGAUGGGAAGAAAGUGUUCAACCCUUUGCUGUCCGUGACCACUGUUUAAUAAUUGGUGUGAAGUGAGACCUUUUAACAAGGAAAAAGUAACGAUAUUUGGAUUACAGAGUUUACCGAUUAUUUGCGACUGUCUGACAAAGAUGCCUUGCAGUUUAAUCCAGAAAUGUUGAUGAUGAAUAUAAAUGUACAAGACAGAAAGGCUAAUGGCAAAUUAAUGUAAAUUUUUCAUAAUUAACAUGAACUCCGGGAGCAUCUCUCUGUUCCUAUACAUUGCUUUGAUGCUUGAUAUUUCAGAGUCACUCUCAGACUGUUACAAUGCAGUGGUGGUCUUGAGCAUUUCCAAACCUGAUUAAAACAUUAAUUUCUUUCAUAAACACUUUUCAGUCUGAGAACAUUUCAUGAUAAGAGAAAAAAGUUCAGGGGCCUAUUGCUUGAACUGACUAGUAGUCAUCUCUCUUUUUUCAAGACUAGUCGUAACUUUUUAACUUCAUAACUUAAGUUAAGAAACAUAUUAACAUAUUGGCAGUGUUUAUGCAACUGGCCCCAGAAGUUAACCUGGUGAUUGGUUGAGAAUUUAUGUGUGGUUUUGUUUACUGGUAAAUGUAAAAAGUUUGCAAAAGAACAAGAAAAGAAUGAGCCAUUACUUAACUGUUGACUUACGGAGUUCACAAUUUUAGAAGCACAUGAAUCCAUUUAACAAAAGAACCAAAAAGCACAUUGACAAAAAGUACAAAAGCAGGAAAUUUUCAGCACACAAAUAUUGGCACAUCAAAAGGUAAUGUCAAUUGUCAAACACUGACAUUGUCCAAAGAAAAAUAAAUCUGAUUGUAUAUUUUUGUGGUACAUUUGUCAGCAUUCAAGGAACAAAUCAGACGUUAUUACUUAAAAUUAUUUUGUUGUCAGCUUGCAACACCACAUUUCAGACUGACUCUUUGAUAUUGUAAAAAAAAGUUGCAUGUUCUUGUCUGGGAAAUGUUUAAAUGAUGUUGUGUGAAACUGUCGAGUGACGUUUUUGCUGUGUCUUCUGUAAUACUUGUCAACAGGACAUUAAUAUAUUGUGUCCAAAUGUUCAUUUAACAUCUUGCAGGUCUAAAAUGAAGGAAUUUCUGCUCCUAAAUGUUUUUGAAUAAAACUUUUGCAACUUCAUCAAGUUUCAACCAUUAUUUGCAAAAAGCUUGAAACACUUCAAUACAGAAAUCAAAUGUAAAUCAAAACACAAUGGCUUUAGCA